GGGCCCCGCCGGCGGCACCUCCCGGGGGUGGGGAAUACGGGUGCGAGGCGUUUUCGGGAAACGGCCCCGCCGUUUCCAAGUGCCAGCCCCGGUUGCCGUUGGCGGGUCCGGGCACCGGGGGGAGGCUGCUGCCUGCGGGGAACCGCCGUCCCCCGCUCGAGGAGUAGCAGGACGCUGGACUGGGCGCUCGCUGUUGGGAAGCCGGCUGCGUAUGUUUCGAAGAGCUAUCGUAUGCCGUUCUGUUUUUCAGCUGUCAGAAGAGUUUAAAUCAGAAAGGACGUGUUUCUGACAUCUCACCAGCUCCAGGGGUGUGUGGGAGGCUCCAAGGGGCGGCAGUAUCAUUUAUUUCUGCAACGAAACAGAAGAAUGCACUCAGUCGUGCUUCUCAGCAGCUCUGCAGCCUGUGGAGAGUGUGGGCAGUCUCUGUAUGCAGCAUCCUGGAAAAUGUGCGUUCCCUUGAAGUGAUCUGCUGAAAAGCACGUACUUGUACGGUUGUUCCCAGCCUGCCUUUUUGCACUGCUCUUGAGGUCUGAAAUGCCUGGUCUCUAAUACUGCCUGGGAUUUGCAUUUCUUCUGCCAAAGAGACGCUACCUGCAGCAGUUAUCCAAGGAGCCCUGUAGAGCAAGGACACUGAAGAUGGCUCUGUGUGCUUUUUACGCAGUUUGGGGUUUGUUACUGGAAGUGGCAGUUGCAUUUGGCCCAGUACCGAGGAUCACUUGGGAACACAGAGAAGUUCAGCUAAUACAUUUUCAUGAAUCAGAAGCAUCCAACUAUUCAACCCUGCUGUUAAGUGAAGACAAAGAUGUUCUAUAUGUAGGAGCCAGAGAAGUGAUCUUUGCAUUAGAUGCAGUGAAUAUCGCUGAAAAGCAGCAUGAGUUACACUGGAAGGUCACAGAAGAUAAAAGGACUAAAUGUGCAGUGAAGGGCAAAUCAGAACAGACAGAGUGUCGUAAUUAUGUGCGUGUCUUGCAACAGCUGAAUGAUACUUUUCUCUAUGUAUGUGGAACCAAUGCGUUUCAGCCAACAUGUGAUUACCUGAACUUAAUGUCAUUUGAACUUGGAGGUAAAAAUGAAGAUGGUAAGGGCAGAUGCCCAUUUGAUCCUGCUCAAAGCUACACAUCUGUUAUGAUUGAUGAGGAGCUUUAUUCCGGGACAUCUUACAAUUUCUUGGGAAGUGAACCUAUCAUUUCACGGCACUCUCAUCAGAGCCCUCUGAGAACAGAGUAUGCAAUACCUUGGCUUAAUGAGCCCAAUUUUGUUUUUGCUGAUGUGAUAAGAGCAGAUCAAAACAGCACAGAUGGAGAAGAUGACAAGAUAUACUUCUUUUUCACUGAGGUGUCUGUGGAGUAUGAAUUUGUUGGAAAACUGAUGAUUCCAAGAAUAGCUAGAGUGUGCAAGAGGGACCAAGGAGGAUUAAGGACCUUGCAGAAAAAAUGGACUUCCUUUCUCAAGGCCAGAUUAAUUUGUACCAUCCCUGACAAGAAUUUAAUUUUCAAUAUUAUCAAUGAUGUUUUUAUUCUCAAGUCUCCAACUUUGAAGGAACCAGUGAUAUAUGGAGUCUUCACUCCACAACUGAAUAAUGUGGGGCUGUCAGCAGUGUGUGCAUACAAUCUGUCUACUGUAGAGGAGGUUUUCUCAAAAGGAAAAUACAUGCAGAGUGCUACAGUAGAACAGUCUCAUACAAAGUGGGUACGAUACAAUGGUGAAAUUCCUAAUCCACGACCUGGUGCGUGCAUAAACAAUGAAGCCAGAGCAUCAAACUACAUGAGUUCUCUGAAUUUACCAGACAAAACAUUGCAGUUCGUUAAAGAUCAUCCUCUAAUGGAUGACUCGGUGACUCCAAUGGGAGACAGACCUCGACUAGUAAAACGUGAUGUGAAAUAUACCCAGAUUGUAGUAGACAGAGUCAGAGCACUCAAUGGCAGCAUAUAUGAUGUCAUGUUCAUCAGUACAGAUCAAGGAGCCCUGCACAAAGCUAUCAGCUAUGAAAAUGGAAUGCAUAUUAUUGAAGAAACACAGCUUUUUCCAAACUUUGAACCAGUCCAAACUCUCUUGCUUUCAUCCAAAAAAGGCAGAAGAUACCUCUAUGCUGGUUCAAAUUCUGGUGUGGUUCAGUCUCCGGUGGCAUUCUGUGACAAGUACACCACUUGUGUUGACUGUGUUUUAGCAAGGGAUCCUUACUGUGCUUGGAGACCCCUUGAAGCUUCCUGCAUUGAUAUUUUUAAAGAAAGUAAAAUUGAAAGGAACUGGAUUCAGAACAUAGGUGGAGAUGCAUCAUCUUGUUCUGAUAAAGUAAGAGAGAAUUCCCUACAGCAUACAUUCAAGCAUGGGAGCACAGCAGAACUCAAGUGUUCUCAAAAGUCCAAUCUGGCACAGAUAGUUUGGAAGUUCAAAGACGACGUGCUGAGAGUGGAGAGUCCCAAGUACCGUCUGCUGGAAAAGGCACUGCUCAUCUUCAAUUUAUCAGAAGGAGACAGCGGUGUUUACCAGUGUUUGUCAGAAGAAAAAGUGAAGAAUAAGAAAUUUUCUCAGGUGCUGGCUAAGCAUAUUUUGGAACUGAAAAAGAUGCAGCACACCACGGUGGGCCCCACUGCAGCAGCUGCACCAACAGAAGGUAAUAGUGAUGUGCCGAAAGUGUCAGCUGUAUCAACCGAGGGGUCUACUGCUCACAUCUCGGCCACUCACACGGUACCGGUAACGACAGCCAGGAUAAUAACAAAGCCCAUUGGCCCUGUCCUAACAAGUGCAGCCUCCAACACAGACCUCUUCAAUUCAAUUCCUGAUGCGGUCCCAGAAAAGACGAUGUUCCUCAAGUCAAACGAUAACUUCCUGUUGAUGUUCCUCUUCCUCUUCUUUUUUAUUCUCUUCUUGUGCCUGCUCUCCUACAACUGUUACAAAGGGUACUUGCCAGGGCAGUGCUUGAAAUUCCGCUCUGUCUUGCUGCUUGGUAAGAAGAAAACGAAGUCCGAUUUUUCUGAUUGCGAGCAAAGCGUGAAGGAGACGCUGGUGGAGCAGGGCAGUGUCAGCCACCAGAGCGGGGAGCAGCCAAAGCCGGCGCACGACACCGGCUACGAGACUGAGCCUGACUGCGGGAAUGGCCAGCUGCAGCUUGGGGACCCGCAGGCACCCCGAGAGGCCAGGGACAAGCCCUUCGAUGUCAAGUGUGAGCUCAAGUAUGCCGACUCGGACGCGGAGGGGGAGUGAAGGCGCCGGUCGUCCGUUUCAGUGGUGGAAGCCAGCUGUGGUGCUGCGGGUAGCUGUUUGAGCACGGAGAGCACGGGUGGUGUGGCAGCUGAGCCGCGGCGGGGUUUACAUGCUUAAGCUGUACAGCGAGCCAAUGUGCGUUCAGAUCUUGCCAGAUUAGAGAAGCGGUGUUCUUGUCUGCAGACCAUAGGCUCUUGUGUUGUAUUGUCUGGGGUUUUUUCGUUGUUGUUUUUGGGGUUUUGUUGUUUGUUUGUUUUUUUUGUUUUUUUGUUUUUUUUUAAUAAUGGCCAGUUUCAGAUCACCACUUGUUUGUUCCCAGUUUUUACCCCCACUGAGCGCUUCACUUCAGUGAACAGUUACUUGCUUGUUCUUCAGCCCUGUUCUUCCAUAGGAUAAAAGUAACUUUCUAAUUCAGUUGGCUUUAAAAAUUACUUCAGUCUACACAUUUUUAGCUGCCAUUACAAAAAGACCUAGUUUCAUUUUAAUUCCAAAUUGGAAAUUAAGUUUAGUUUAUCAGAUUGGUAAAUUAUAGACUUUUGUCCAGAUUGGGACAUUUUUUUUUCUUUGCUUCUAGUGAUUAUUUUCAGUUUUAUGCAUUGUGUUUUGGCACACUAGGUCUCUUUAGUUGAUUAAAGUUAAUUUUUUAACUGUUUGUUAAGUAUCUUAGAUUUUUAAGGUAUAAUGGGGAUAGCGUUGGCUUGAUUUGUGUAAGACUCUCAGGGAUAAUCUUGUUUAAAGGCUUUUUUCUUUGCUGCUUUCUAGAAAUUUAGGUACAACAGUAUCAGUACAAAACAUGGAGUAAGUGGGGUUAGGGGAGGGAGGAAAAGAUAGAUUUAGUAAUGCUUUUCCUUUUUUUUUUUUUUUCUUCCCAUCCCCCUCAUCUUAACCAGCAAGCUGGAUAUAGUCACAUUCUAUUUUCUAUACAAAACUGGAAUUUUUUUUGUUUUGUUUUCUUGCCUUUUUUCUUUCUUUUUUUUUUUUUCCUCUAAUGAAACAGUACAGGCAAGCAGCUCUCAGCUAGCAGUGACACAGAGGUUUUUUGCACUGUGGAAGAAAAACAGGAAUCGAGAAGAAUUAACUACAAUAAUUCAUCUAGUGUGUCGCUGGAAUGGACUGUUAGGAUACAGCCUGAUGAGAAAACAUUGCCCAUUUUUUUUUUUUUUCCUUAUUUUCAAAUUCAUAAAUAACUUAGCUUCUUUUUGUGACAAAUCUUUGCAGCGUCACCCUUUCUGGCUGAUACCUUCCAAUCUCCUAUGCAACUGGAGACUGAAACUGGAGCUGCUUAAACAAUCAAUCGUUUGAACUGUUUAUGUGAAUCAUGCCUGCAAACGUGAAAGUGUGCAUUUGUUCUCAGCCUGGUUCACAGCAGCACUGUUUGUCUGUAAAAGCAAUUUGUGCGGUACAGUCCUGAAGAAAUUGUUCCUCUCACUGCAUCUUUCUGUAAAUAUUGCUAGAAGUAGAAUACAUUUAAACAGUAAAUAGCA